AUGAAUGCAUGUGGAAAAUGGGAAUUUGCAAAUCCUCAAGAAUUACACAAGCUUAGAAACAUUCAAAUUGCUGCGUUUUGCAAGGAUUUUAAUGAAAAAACAGAAUCUCUCAAAGCCGGCUACCCAACUCCUACCACAAUCUCUAUAAAUGUAAUGUCAAGCUUUAUUCGAAGGCUGAUCGAAAAUUUUUUAUCUGGAAAAAUAACAUUAAAGCACGUGUAUGAAAUUGCACUCGUACAGGCUAAGGAUCCAUUCCUGAGAGGCCAUUCCCUCCAGUCAAUAUGCAGAACUGUCGUUAAGGAAGCUCUGAGUGUUGGUAUAAGUGUUGUGGAUCACAUCGAUCCUACAGAAUAUAAGGAUUUCCUUCACGGACAAGAGAUUGAAUAUCAGCAAUAUUUGGUCCAACUUCAACAGAAACGAAUUGGAAUAAAAUAA